AGACAUUUAAUUAUAGGCAUGGUGGCAUUCCGGAAGAAGAGCGAUGAGAGAGAAACAAGGGAGGGAGUGAGAUAAGAGGGAGCUAUGUCUGAUAAAGAUAUUAGCCUGGCUUGUCAGACUCAUAUGCUAACAGUAACAUAAAGUAAUUUGUGUUCUGCUCAGAGGAAAUUGAACAGAAACAGGAUAAAGACAUGUUGAAAGAAGAAGUUUCUACUAGUUUUGUGAAUGACGAUGUGUAAACCUUCUCUCAACCAGAGUGAAAAGACGAGCAUAGACCAGGAGGACUGGCGUGUUUUUGAGAGCGCCUAGAAAGUAGAUCCACAACUCCCUCUGACUGGGCAUCUAUGUGACUCAGUGUCAGAAACACUUUUAAAGGAUAUUAUUACUCUGAAGAGCCUCACCACAUUUAGCACAACAGAACAACAAGAAGCUGACAGAGCAAAGGAAAUGACUAACCAAACUCUGGCUCAUCUCAAAGAUUCUCCAAACAUGUCUGAAAAUUCAAUGGAAGACAACUUUCUUGACAACAAUGGUAUCUUGUCCGCAUCUCGCAGAGAGAGUGGGAUUGUAAGCAAGGAAAAAGGAAUAGUGGGCAACAAAGAGAUACUUGAAAGUAAGACUGAUAACCCUCUUCUUGAAACAGCCAUGAAUGGAUCACAGAACAAGGAAAGCAGUUUAGGCAAAGGUACAGCCAAAACAUUGUGCUUUACUGCUUAUCCACCGGAAUUAGAUCAGAAAUGCUCGUCAAGGAAAUACAGCUGCUCAAAACAGGUCAUUGAGCUGAAGGACAUUGGGACAUUUCAUUCAGACUUGAACUUAAAUGAUCUUCUGACUGACCCCUUUAACAUGGCAUCUACCAACCAGGACGUAACCAGGCUCAAACAUGGAAAGGACAUUUUGACACUUAUGGAAAAAUGCUCAACCGCUGUCCCAUUUGGGAAUUUAGCUAAGCUGGGGGCUAAAAAAGUUGUUACAGCAGAACCUCCUACAGCCAAAGUGGGAGUGUCUAGAGCACUAUUACUGAGUGUGAAAAGAGACUGUGGACCAGUUUAUCAAACAGCUUUAUCCUGUCCUUUAGUAGAGAUUAAGAUAGCACCUGACAAGAACCUAACUGAAAAAAGCAGUGUUUCACCACUGCAUGAGAUAUUAGUUAGCGGUAGUGUAGAUUCACAUGUUGGAGCAAGAGAGUCAUCCAUAAUAAGAAGACUCGAGUCAAAUGGCCAGGCUGAUGAGACCAAAGCAGAUGGUGUUGAUGAGAGAGACACCCUGACACCCUCUUUGCAACGUGAAAAACAGCCUCACUAUUUCACUGCUGUAGUCACGUCACCACAGCAGAUUCACAAUACACCUGAAAAAGGGACCAGAAAGUCUACUGAUAUGUCCUAUUUGUUUGUGCCACAAACUGAAAUCCAGAGUAUGAGCUCAGAUCUCUUGGCUUCUGAUAUGCCGGCAGAAAAAACAACUAAAAUUAAAGGACCACCACCACCUGUUCCAAAGAAGCCAAAGAACCGAUUUAGUAAGGUUGUAAAGACUUCACAUGCAAUAGAUGAGCCCAGACAAUAUUCUGAGCUUCUUCUACAAAAUAUCAAAAUGGGAAGAAGAGAGGCAGCAAUAGAGUCUGUUACUGAAGACUUAGACGAGUACCCACUCAAUAUUUCAUUCUGUCCAGGCACACCAGAUUCACUAUCCUACAUGUGCAUGUUAGGAUGUUUUAAUCCAAAAGCAGAUGUUCCUCUAGAUUUUUGUAAUGAAAGAGUCACACCUGGUAUGGCCCUUUGGACAAAAACAGUUGAUGUCGCCCCUGAAAAAGAACCAGGAAGACUGGACAUAUCUCAGGGAAGGUUCUGCCAAUCACAGACUCCAUUUCAGAAGGUACGGCUUGUUAUUUAAAAGAUGACAUGUGUGAUUCCAAGCCAUAUAUAGAGAAAACUAUGGCUGAAGAGGAACCUAAA